UUUACUUUUUAAUGUUUGUGGGUUCUGGGGACAUAAAAUGGAAAUAAAUGCGGUUUGUUACUAAUAUUGUAAUUAUACGCUGCACCUAGAGAACAUGACACAAUCAAAUAAUACGCACGCAAACCGCAAAGGCGCCGAUGAGGAUUCGCAGUCUUUGAAUCCAGAACAACUAUUAGAAGGCCUCUUCCAAGCAAUAUAUAGGCUAUGGCUGCAGGGACGCCGGGUCGUUUGCUUCAUCAUGAGCGAACUGGGCGGCAAUGAGUUGUUCGAAGCUGUCGUCUCCUGGUCGGUCCAGCAUCCAGAUCUGGCGAUCUGUCUGCUGGCUGCAUGUUUUGUUUUCCUUUUGCCUUUGCUCAUCAUUUUUGGCUUUGGUUUCAUUACCUUGUUAGUAACGUUUACAGGCAUUCUUGUACUAGAAGGCACUUUACUGACGUUUGUCUUUAUGAUAUUUUUCGCCUGCAUUGGCAGUUUGGCUAUUGCCUUUCUCGUUUUUGCUGUUGUUGCAUAUUUUGGAUUUUCGCAAAUCUAUGGAUUCCUUGGCAUGGAGCGUUAUCGAGAUGCAUUUCUAAGAUUUUUACAGGAAAAUAUAAGUGCAACAACUGCUAACAAAUCAAAUUAGAAAUAGAUUAAGCAGGGCAUAAUAAUAGGCUAAGGCUAUCGAAAUGAAAAUAUGUAGAAG